ACCCUCAUUCCCCAUCAGGCCAUCCCAUCAUGGGCAGGGGGCCCUCACUUGUGAUACAGCCGUGGGGGCAGCUAGAGGAGCUGCAGGGACAUUGGGCUGAGGCCCCACGCCAGGGCCGGACCCGAGAGGCAGGGCAGGGCUGUUCUUGGUGCCGUGGUGCCAGGGGCACAGCUUUAAGGUUACCGCUCUCUGUCCUGCAUCUUGAGUGGUUUGGGCUGGAGCACAGCCAGCAGUGACGCAAGGAGCUGAGGGGAAGGGCAGGAAGCUGGCGGUGGAGUCCCUGCUGCAGAGAGAGACGCAGCGUGUGCUCAGCAGCAACACAGCUGCAGUGUUGGGGUGCUAAGCAGGCUCCCCAAAGCCACCCCUUCUGGGUAAGGCUCCCAUCAGGCCAAACAGCUGUGGAAGGUGUACUGUGCAGCCCCGUGCUCCUCCUCGUUGCUCCCUGAAGCUGUUGGUUCCUGAACGCAGCUUGGCAUGGAGCAGCCUCUUGAGCAUCCCGGGCAGCCCACGGAUGGUGAGGCUGGCACAGCUGGUGGGGAUGACGGUAGCAUGAGUGAGAACCCCUAUGCGGGGCUGGUGAGCCAACUGCGGGCAGCCUGGCUCUCAGGGAGGACACGCUCCUUGGAGUACCGCAUGGCACAGCUGGAGGCCCUGGGCCGAUUCCUGGAGGAGAAGAAGCAGGACAUCCUGGAGGCCGCCGCCUUGGACAUGCGCAAGCCACCCUUCGAGGCUGAGUUCUCUGAGGUCCUUCUGUGCAAGAACGAGCUCAAUGAAGCCCUGAACAACCUGUCCCGGUGGAUGAAGGACAAGCAUGUGGACAAGAACCUGGUGACGCAGCUGGACUUGGCUUUCAUCCGCAAGGACCCCUAUGGGGUAGUGCUCAUCAUUGGGCCCUGGAACUACCCCAUCUACCUCCUCCUGGUGCCCCUCAUUGGGGCCAUCGCUGCUGGUAACUGUGCCAUCAUCAAACCCUCAGAGCUGACCAAGAACAGUGAGAAACUCAUGGACGAAGUGCUGCCCAAAUACUUGGACAAAGAGUGCUUUGCCGUGGUGACUGCUGGUGUGGAGGAGACCACCAG